GCUAGCGAGUAGCGUGCUUGCUGUUCGCGUUCGUCAAAAUGAACAUGAAUCGUCCCCUUUCUCCAGCCUUGAGUCAAGGCUCAAUAUUAUUCAGCGUCACAAGCACAAAUACCCAAGCGAUUCCAAUCCCCACUGCAUUCACUAGACCGGACCCUGUCUCCACGAGCAGUGUCGCUGCAUCGGGGCUAUCCAGCAUUCUCAGCGGCUUGUAAAGACGUAUCGUCCAUCGUCGCAUCGAGGUCGAUGAAGGAGCAGCACAGUCCGUUGGUGAGCUGACGUAUUUGAAUUUGUCUUGCUGAACGCCCAUACGGAUUCCUCGAGAAACCCUUUAUCUAGCUUCUAAUACUGACGCCUGUUGGUAGAGUUAUCUGAUUAGACCAAAGACUGAGCACCGGUACGGGUACAUGUAGUAGUAGUAACGGAGAGCAGCAGCAGCAGCAGAAGCAGCUAUGAUAUCGCCAGAGGAAGACGAUGUGGCUUUCUCGACAAAAUCUACCGAUCAAUGGGAGCGCAUCGAAGCUCGACGGCGGCGCAUUGCUGCGCGGCUGGAAGAAGCAAAGAAAGUGGUGCAAGGUAGGCGCGAGCUGAACGAAGACGACCUGAGGGCGCUCCGUGAGAAGAACAGAAAGAGUGUGCAACAGAAGAUCGCCUCACGACUGCGUCUUUACAAGCUGAAGAAAGAUGGAAUGGAUAUGUCGGAGAACGUGCGGGUGGCGUUCACCGCACGGGAGCUGCAGCGCCGUGGAGACGAGACUGACAACUUAAAAGCGCGAAACGAGAAGAUCGAUUCGGAGCAGAUCGCAUCUUUUGAACGCAUAUUCGAGGUCACAAAGAAAUGGGACGUUGCAAAGACAAAGGUCUUGGCGCAAGAGCUACAGGAUCUCCUGGUGCAGCAGAAACAACAGUGCGAUGCAAUCAUGGAGGAAAAGGAGAAGCUCAUUGGCGACUUCCAACAGGAAUUGCGACUCAAAGAUGAUCGCUAUGUGAAGGAUCUGAAGAAGCAGGGUGAUGAUGUUGAUAUGAUCCUGGAGCGAAUGGAACAGCAAGUACACACCUGGACAGAUAGCUAUCUAGAAGAACUUGCACAGAUUGAGGUUGCGUUCGAGAGUGAACGAGGUGCCCUGGUUCAGGAGCAGAGAGAAGAGUGGGAGGAAGCCCUGAAGAAGAGGCGUGCCAUGGAGCUGGAGAACUUAAAGGUGCAGCAGAAACGCAUACAGGACAACCAACAGAUGCUGCACGACAUUCGCAAUCACGAUGGCGAGGAGAUGGCGCAGCUGAGAAAUCGUCUGGAGAAUGAGAUACAGGUUCUCCAGCAGCAGAUGGAAGCCACCAAGGCCAGCUAUCAGCUGAACACGGAGAAGCUCGAGUACAACUACCAUGUGCUGAAGAAGCGAGACGAAGAGAACACCGCCAUGCGUAAUGCACAGAAGAGACAGCUGAGCUCGCUAAAUGAUCAGUACAUGAACCUGCGUAAGAAGUUGGAGAAGGCCAAGCAGCAGUCAGCAACGGCCACACAGCAGCUCUCCGAUGACUAUCGCCGCAUCACGGAGCAGUUUCGCGAUCUGGAAGCCAAAGCCAAGCACUUUUCAGAAGUGGACAAGUCACGUUAUAGUGGCAUCUGGAAGAUGAACGAGGAGAUAGCCCGAGGAAAGGUUGAGAGGCAACUGGCGAUCGAUAGGGUACUCCAGGAGCAGCAGCUUGGUGCGACAUGGCAAGCUCCACCGGAGAUUCCCACACCGACUCUACUCGACGAUGGGCGUAUUGUGAGGGCGGGAAUGCGCACAGCACAUGACCUUGUCAAGUCCAUCAUAACCCCAACAGCCUCAAUGGUGUCCUUGGCGGCUAGUGAGCAAGCAGCAGGUCAGUUUGGUCGACCUGCAAAGCAGUCAACUGGUGCAGGACCACAGGGGAAACCGUUGGUAAAGGGGAACUCAGAAGACGUAUUUGGUUCGACUAUUGAUGUAGCGACAACGGCCACCGGUGUCGGUGAGGAAGUAACCACGCUGCCUUCGUCACAGGCGCCACAGCAGAUGUCGCAGGUGCAGCAACAGCAGCACCUGCAGCAGCAGCUGCAGCAGCGGUCACUUGGGCAGGCAGCCUUCGAAGCGGCAAGCGGCAGUGAGGAUCCUCGCGAUGCCCAGCUGCAGCGUAUUCCCGAGCAGGUGAUACGGGACGUACUGGAGAUGCUUGUGGAGGAAGUGGACUAUCUGAUGGAGCCGAAAAUCCUUCAGAUGGUAACGACAUUGGAGGCUGAUGAGCAACUACUGAUGAAGGUCGACUCUUUAUUCAAGGCAUUGUUCAUAGAACAUGAAGACGAUGUACGUAAGCUAGUGAGCUACUUCAUCGAGGAAACAUCACCAUCCCCGGGUCCAAUGCUCGGUUUUCCGGACGCGGAAACUAGCUCAGCCACCGCCGGCAUUGGCAAGCAGUCACGCACUUCGCAGGAAUCUCGCUAUGCGCAAUCCGACAUGGCGAGCGAUGCGCUCAUGCGGGGCACUCGUCGUUUGAGCAGCAGGGGCUCUGGGCUGCCUAGCAGUGGCGACGGCACUACGUCACCGUCGGUGGCAGAGUCAAGACCUGCAUCUGAGCAAUCGCCGGUGUCGUAUGCCGUAGUGGAUAUCGACAAGGUGCAGGGCAGGUUGAAUCGAUUUGUCAAGGAUCACAACACGGCAAUGCCAGCGGAGAGGUCUUUCUGGAGCACAUCCAAGCUGGCAUCGAAGGCUACCGUACGCGUCGAUGAAGAGUUCUGGAAGAAGCUCUCAAUGCGCGUCCCAGAUAGCAGCAUACAGACCUGGAAAGGUCUCCGAGAUGGCUUCCAGAAUUAUCUGGAGACGCUAAAGCAUCGCAAGCACCAGCAGGAGGCGCUUGCAGCAGUUACACAUCAAAACCAAGAGCUAGAGUUUCUGCUGAAAGAGUACAGAGGCUCAGGGAAUACCUGGAAUCUGUAUCAUCCACCAGAAAUCUGACAUCCCCAGAAGCGUCAAUUCUUCUUCAAGUCUUGCAGCUAUCUGAACCUACAUAUGCCUGCAUACGAAUCUUUCAACUCCAUUUAGUGGAGACGUUGGAGAUGAGAGCCAGUUCUCAAUUUUUGAAUCAAGAGACUAUCCCGAUCAGCAUUCGGAAUGUGACCGAAUCACCGUUGAAGCUAUAUGCACACCAUCAAAAUCGUAUCUGCCAAUCCCCACUUCUUCUACUUCUGUUCUGGCUAUAAUUAUACUGAGUUGAUUAUUCUCAUGAUAGCACAAGAAGUGACCUUGAGCAUACUUUUCAUCAGGAUGUGAUCGUAAGAUGUGCAUUGUCUAUGACCUCUAUCUAUGAAAUGCACCAAUUCGUUGCAGACCAGUUCAAAAAUGCCGUAAAUGGUUCUCUCAA